UCUGGCGUUGUGGGGGAGGGGAGGUUGGGAUGACUGGAAGGCUACAGGGAGAGCGUCAUAUACAGGGAGGAAUAUCUCAGGCGGAAAGGGGUCAAUGCAUAUUAGGUUUUUUUUCCCCCUUAGUGGAAGAGCAAAAAUGAAGGGCUGUCACGGUGAAGCUUGGAGUUGUAGGGGAAGGAAGAAGGGAAAAAAAAUGCAGAGCUCUCAGGAGAUCAAGAAGGGCCAGAAACUGGGAGUGAAAAUUGCACGAGAAUAGGAGGGGAGGGCAGGUUCGUGAGGGGGAUUGAAGAUGCUUGAGAAUGCGGCAGUGAUGGAGGAUGGGAGAGACCGGGAAUAAGAGGAGCCUCUGAGACCCUGGGGGCUUGUUCUCCCUGAGCUUGAGUUGUUUUUUUUGGAGGAGAAGCCAUGGGGUUUUUCCUCCACCUUUGCACGGAAUUGCUUCUCUCUUGCCCUCUGAAUGCUCUACCUUGAUCUAGCUGAAGGGGAGGGUGGAGUCUAUGAGGGAAGAUGAAGGUCUCCCAUUCUUAAGCCCGUCAACCUCCUUCCUAUCUGUUCCCCUAAGCUCAGAUCCAAGAGCUUUUGGAUGGAGGACAGGAGUAAUGAAGUGAGAGUGGUUUCCUGCUGGGGCUAUUUCAGGUUUGGCAGAGUAGCUAUUUAAAGCGUGGGGCUGGGGGUUGAGGGAGGUUGGGUAAGGGUGGAGGACUGGCAAGCCAGCUGAAGCCCACAUGUCUUUCUUGCGAGGGGCCGCCAUACUUGAGCUUUUUGGGUGCCUGAGGUUCUGCCUGGCGCUUCCCUCUGCCAGGGCUUCUUGAACAGGGAGCAGAUGAUCCGCCCAAACCUAUCAGGUGCCUGCCAGUGAAGGCAGUACCAGCUCUAGGAGACCUGCCUGAUAGAGCCUUCAGAUGUACCCAUUAUCACUAGGUUGGCGGGUUGUCUUUAAGAGACCAUGACUUCUCAUGCCUGGGUCUUUUUCUUGUCCUGGCCAAGAGCAUUUUUGCUUUCCUUUCCCUUUCCAUUGCACACCCCUACCCCUCUCCUGUUUCAGGGACCCAAAUUGGAGAAGAACUGCUAGAAACAGCUUGUUCUCUAUCACAAUGGGCAGGUUGGGCAAAUGGCAAGAGGAGAAGACGCCUCCUCCCCACCCCCACGCCUCAGUCCCCAGCAGACACAUACCUUUCUGGCUUAAGUUCUUGGCAGGAUACCAGGUAGCGGAGGCAGCAGGCCGUGCCGGGGGGGCAUGUUGCUGUAACCGGAGGCCCAGGGGAUGUUACGGUGGACAGUGCACCUGGAGGGCGGGCCCCGCAGGGUGAACCAUGCCGCUGUGGCCGUGGGGCACCGGGUAUACUCCUUCGGGGGCUACUGCUCAGGCGAAGACUAUGAGACGCUGCGCCAGAUUGACGUGCACAUCUUCAACGCCGUGUCCUUGCGUUGGACAAAGCUGCCCCCGGUGAGGCCCGCUGCCCGCGGGCAGGCUCCCGUGGUACCCUACAUGCGGUAUGGACACUCAACCGUCCUCAUCGAUGACACAGUCUUCCUUUGGGGCGGGCGGAAUGACACCGAAGGGGCCUGCAAUGUGCUCUACGCCUUUGAUGUCAAUACUCACAAGUGGUCAACACCCCGAGUGUCAGGAACGGUUCCUGGGGCCCGGGAUGGACAUUCGGCUUGUGUCCUGGGCAAGACCAUGUACAUUUUUGGGGGCUACGAGCAGCUGGCUGACUGCUUUUCAAAUGACAUCCACAAGCUGGAUACCAGCACCAUGACGUGGACCCUGAUCUGUACAAAGGGCAACCCUGCACGCUGGAGGGACUUCCACUCGGCCACAAUGCUGGGCAGUCACAUGUAUGUCUUUGGGGGCCGGGCCGACCGUUUUGGGCCAUUCCAUUCCAACAAUGAGAUUUACUGCAACCGCAUCCGUGUCUUUGACACGAGGACUGAAGCCUGGCUGGACUGUCCACCCACCCCAGUGCUACCCGAGGGACGCCGGAGCCACUCAGCCUUUGGCUACAACGGGGAGCUGUACAUUUUUGGUGGCUAUAACGCAAGGCUGAACCGGCACUUCCAUGACCUCUGGAAGUUUAAUCCUGUGUCGUUUACCUGGAAGAAGAUUGAACCGAAGGGCAAGGGGCCAUGUCCCCGCCGGCGCCAGUGCUGCUGUAUUGUUGGUGACAAGAUUGUCCUCUUUGGGGGCACCAGUCCGUCUCCAGAGGAAGGUCUGGGGGAUGAAUUCGACCUCAUAGAUCAUUCUGACUUACACAUUUUGGACUUCAGCCCUAGUCUGAAGACUCUGUGCAAACUAGCUGUGAUUCAGUACAACCUGGACCAGUCCUGUUUGCCCCAUGACAUCAGGUGGGAGCUGAAUGCCAUGACCACCAACAGCAAUAUCAGUCGCCCCAUCGUCUCCUCCCAUGGGUAGGAGGAUGUCUCUGCCGCCUUCCUUCCUGAGCCUGCUGUUGUCGUCAGUGCCCCUGCCCAUCUCUUCCCCCGUCUGCCCCUUUGAACCUUGGACUUGGUAUACCUCCGCGUGGAGUUGUUGGACUAGAGGUGUUUUCUGUGCUGUGAACUUAGUGGGGAUCUGUAGCAGGAAGGGCUAGGUCCCUUCCUCCUUGGGCCCAGGGCCCCUUCCCCUUGGUGCUCUGUCCCGUUCACCUCCCUCCAACUGCUCCUGGGUUCUGCUCUGCCCCAGGUCAGCCACAGGCUGCUGGGAAGUGACGGGAACGGGAAGGAGGGAGAAGCAAGCAGUGUGUGAGCCUCAGGAGCUUCCCCUCCCCACUCCCUUUUCCACCUGUUCCCCUCUGCUUGAGCCAUGGGCAUUGAUUGCGAGCUGAAAGGAUUUGCAGCUGUUGGCAUGAAGUCUCCUUCUCCCUGACCUGGGGAGGCGAGGACCAGCAGAUAAUCCCAUCCUUCCUUGAGCUGUUGCUGUACCCUGACACUCUCAGCCAGCUCAAAUUUUAUACAAAUGAAUUAAAAAUCUCCAAACGUGUGA